AUGAAGGCCGCCCAAUCUCUCUUUUUGCUGUGUGCGGCCACGGGUAUGGUGAUGUCCCGACGCACUGGGUCUGACUAUAGGUUUGUCGGACGGGUCAAUCCGGAAACGAAGGAGCUCACCUGGGCGAGCACCGGUGUAGCUUUUACUUUCACAGGAACCACCGCUUCCAUAAACAUCAACAGCGCGAACGGCACGUCUAGUGUUGCCCUGUUCAUUAACGAUAACGGGCCCAUAAUCAUACCAAAUGUCAACGGCACAUCCAUUUCAACGCCCACGAUUUCGCGGGGAACCCACGCCGUUGAGCUGCGCAAACGCUCGGAGUCAGAUUUCGGCACGUUCCGUAUCACCGACGUCACGACCGAUGGCACUUUAGUCCCGAGUAGGGCACCGAAGCGGAAAAUCGAGAUCAUCGGCGAUUCGAUCUCGGUCGGCUAUGGUCUAGACGGCAUCAUGCCUUGCAACAACUCAGCUAUUCUGGAAGACAAUCCGAAAACGUACGGCGCUUUGGCGGCCAAUGCGGUCGAUGCCGAUUACAGCGUCGUCGCAUGGAGUGGCAAGGGACUGGUUCGAAACUACUAUAGAUCAACACCUCCGGACCAAUCGCCAACGAUGCCUGUAAUCUACACGCGGUACGGCGCGAAUGAUACGGACGGCAGCUUCACCUUUCCACAGUCGUGGGUCCCGGAUGCCGUCGUGAUCAAUCUCGGUACGAAUGACUUCGGUUACGUGGGUGUCCGCGAAACCGUCGCCCCAGCAGACCUAACGGCUGCCCUCGUUGAAUUGAUGGAGAAGAUCCACUGGCAUUAUCCAUCAGCAAAAUUCUUCCUAGUCUCCUCGCCGCUCUUAAGCGAUGACUACCCGACGGCCGCCGACGCGCAGAAAACCACCCAAUUGAGAGUGUACCAAGACGCAGCUGAUCAACUCACAAAUGUACCAACCCGCAUUGUGGACUGGCCGGCGCAAGGUUCAGAUACGGGCUGCAGCUAUCAUCCCAAUGCGGCUACACAGGCGAAGGGAGCUGCGCUGCUUGAAGAGGCUAUGAGGGAUGAGAUGGGCUGGUAG